ACAGACAUUCACAGGAUGCCUUAUUUUUCAAGACUCAUUUUGUUCUUGUUUUGCCUGAUGGUUCUUGUGGAGAGCAGAAAGCCCAAGAAGAGGAGAUGGACAGGGCAGCUGGAAACGUCCAAGCCAAGUCACCUAUAUAAGAAGAACCUGGAUGUGACCAAAAUCCGAAAGGGAAAACCUCAGCCACUUCUCAGAGUGGAUGACCACGAUUUCACCAUGAGGCCCGCCUUUGGAGGUCCUGCCAUCCCGGUGGGCGUGGACGUGCAGGUGGAGAGCCUGGACAGCAUCUCGGAGGUGGACAUGGACUUCACCAUGACCCUCUACCUGCGGCAUUACUGGACGGAUGAGCGGCUGGCCUUCCCCAGCACCAGCAACAAGAGCAUGACCUUCGACGGCCGGCUGGUGAAGAAGAUCUGGGUCCCCGACGUCUUCUUUGUUCACUCCAAAAGGUCAUUCAUCCACGACACCACCACGGACAACAUCAUGCUGAGGGUGUUCCCGGAUGGGCAGGUGCUGUACAGCCUGAGGAUUACAGUCACCGCCAUGUGCAACAUGGAUUUCAGCCACUUUCCCCUGGACUCCCAGACCUGUUCUUUGGAGCUGGAAAGCUAUGCAUAUACAGAUGAAGAUCUGAUGCUGUACUGGAAGAACGGGGACGAAUCCCUGAAAACAGAUGAGAAGAUCUCCCUGUCUCAGUUUCUGAUUCAGAAAUUCCACACCACUUCCAGACUGGCCUUCUACAGCAGCACUGGCUGGUACAACCGUCUCUACAUCAACUUCACGUUGCGUCGCCACAUCUUCUUCUUCUUGCUGCAAACCUACUUUCCCGCCACCCUGAUGGUCAUGCUGUCCUGGGUGUCCUUCUGGAUCGACCGCAGAGCUGUGCCCGCCAGAGUUUCACUGGGGAUCACCACGGUGCUGACCAUGUCCACCAUCAUCACGGGUGUGAACGCCUCCAUGCCCCGCGUGUCCUACGUCAAGGCCGUGGACAUCUACCUCUGGGUCAGCUUCGUGUUCGUGUUCCUCUCGGUGCUGGAGUACGCGGCCGUCAACUACCUGACCACCGUGCAGGAGCGGAAAGAGCGGAAGCCGCAGGAGAAGCUCCCGUGCAUGUGUGGAAUGCUCCACUCAAGAACCAUGAUGCUGGGUGGAAGCUACAGUGAGUCUGAGGCCAACAGCCUGGCCGGGUACCCGAGAAGCCAUAUUCUGACAGAAGAAGAAAGGCAAGACAAAAUCGUGGUCCACCUGGCCCUGAGCAGUGACUCCAACUCCUCCAGGAAGAAGGGGCUUCUGAAGGGCCAGGUGGGUCUUCGCAUCUUCCAGAACACCCACGCCAUCGACAAAUACUCCCGGUUGAUAUUCCCGGCUUCCUACAUAUUUUUCAACUUAAUUUAUUGGUCAGUGUUUGCCUAGGGGCUCUGAGGCUACGUCUGGGGAAGGCCUCGUGGGCUUGCUUAUCGUUCAUGCUGUGUUGUGUCCCACUUCUUGCUGCUCUGGGACUGUCUUCUUCUGUUCUUGUGUGUGAACAGGUUCACGAGAGCCUCCC